AUGUUAACAGAGGAGGAAACAACUCAGAUUCAUGGAUGUGUGCAUGGACAAACCAGGAGGAGUUUAAGGAUAUGGGCGUUGGAGGAGAAAGCGCGCCAACUCUCUCUCCAAAGACAGACUCAAAAGCCACCACCUUCAGAAACUAAUCAAAACAAAAGAAGGGGCCGCAAGCGCAAAAGCCUGCUCCUAGACAUCGCCGUUAAUUCUGUUGCUUCCUCUACGUAUGACAAGCUUGAUGAAGUAGGUGAUCAUGUCGAUGAUGGGGACAUGCAAAAUGACGAUGAAUUAAGCAAACAGACGUAUUUCAGGCCACAUCACCAUUUCUGCGAGCUCGUGCUUGUAGACUCUUGCCUCCAUAUUCAACCCUUGCUGCGAGUGGAUUCUGCUAAGGGAGGUUCAUCAGGGAACAUUGGAGGAAGAGGUCUUCGAGAGGAGGGCUGUAAGAGAAUAAAAAGUGGCAAAAGCCUCGUUCUGAUAGGCUACCUAAACCAGUUCCUGUCGUUGCUGAUGCUUCUCAGAAUAAGAAAAGGAGAUCGAGGUGGUUGCCGGCUGGGGAAGACUAGGGAAAGAUAUGCAAUGACUGACAUGAGAAAGCUAGCUAAUAGGAUGCAAUUUGGUGUUCCUGAAGAGAGUUCAUUGCGAGAUGGACUUGGAGCAGGUUAUGGAAUGCUGGGUCAGGCUGGGAGUGGAAAGCUGAUGGUAGCCGUGAGCAAAUUCAAGACCAAGCAUUGUGGGAGAAGUAGCAGUACUGGUGCUACAGCCUGGGGCUUAACUUCACGUCUGGCAUUUAGUAUUGCACAGGGGAUUGAGCUCCACAAAUCCACUAACUCAUGUAGAUCGGCGUGGCAGAGGAACUGA